AUGAUGCCCCGGGGGCCCCUGACCGGGCUGCUCCUGACCCUGUGCCUGAGCGCAGCCGUGCAAGCCGCCCCAUCGGAGAGGACCAAGAGCCGCAGACAGGCGCAGCAUGCCGUGCAACCUGUCGUCGCUGGAGACUCCACUCAGAGAGGCUGCUUUGACAAUGGGAAAACCUAUAAUAUUGGGCAGCAAUGGGAAAGGAUUUAUUUGGGCAAUACACUGGUCUGUACCUGCUAUGGUGGAAUCAGAGGCUUCAACUGUGAAAGUAAACCAGAGGCUGAAGAAACCUGUUUUGACAAGUACACAGGCACCACAUACCGAGUUGGGGAAACUUAUGAGAGCGACCUAAAGAUAGCAUGAUCUGGGAUUGUACCUGCAUUGGAGCUGGCAGAGGACGCAUCAGCUGCACCAUUGCAAAUCGCUGCCAUGAAGGUGGACAAUCUUAUAAGAUUGGAGACACUUGGCGUAGGCCCCAUGAAACUGGUGGUUAUAUGUUGGAGUGUGUGUAUGCCUUGGUAACAGCAAAGGAGAAUGGACCUGCAAGCCUGUAGCGGAAAGAUGUUAUGAUAACACAGCUGGCACAUCCUACAUUGUUGGACAAACCUGGGAAAAGCCUUACCAGGGAUGGAUGAUGGUGGAUUGUACAUGUUUGGGAGAAGGCAGUGGACGUAUCACAUGUACAUCGAGAAACCGCUGUAAUGACCAGGACACAAGGACAUCCUACCGGAUUGGAGAUAACUGGAGCAAGACUGAUACCAGGGGUAACUUGCUGCAGUGCAUCUGCACAGGCAAUGGGCGUGGCGAGUGGAAGUGUGAGAGGCAUUCAUCUGCUACAGGAGUUGGUGUUGGCACUGGUGCCCACAUAAAUAUCUACCCGGCUGUGCGAGAUAUUGAGCAUUGUGUGGCUGACAGUGGAGUGCUCUAUACUGUGGGCAUGAAAUGGUUAAAAACUCAGGGAACUCAGCAGAUGCUGUGUACCUGUCUCGGCAAUGGUGUCAGCUGUGAAGAAAGUGUUGCAGUCGGGACCUAUGGAGGCAAUUCCAAUAGUGACCCAUGUGUCUUCCCUUUCAUCCAUGAUGGCAAAACAUACUACUACUGCACAACAGAAGGUCGCCAAGAUGGAAAGCUGUGGUGCUCAACCUCAUCCAACUAUGAUGAGGACAAGAAGUAUUCUUUCUGUACAGAGCAGCGGGCACUGGUUCAAACACGGGGUGGUAAUUCCAAUGGAGCUCUCUGCCACUUCCCAUUCUUGUACAACAAUCGUAACUACACAGACUGCACAUCAGAGGGCCGCCUUGACAAUAUGAAGUGGUGCGGCACUACCUUGAACUAUGAUGUGGACCAGAAAUUUGGCUUCUGCCCCAUGGCAGCUCAUGAAGAAAUCUGCACAACCAAUGAUGGGGUUAUGUACCGUGUUGGUGAUCAGUGGGACAAAAUGCAUGAUCAAGGUCAUAUGAUGAGGUGUACUUGCGUUGGCAAUGGCCGUGGCGAAUGGAACUGUAUUGCCUAUUCCCAGCUUAAAGAUCAGUGCAUCGUGGAUGGCGUUACCUAUGAUGUAAAUCAAUCUUUCAGCAAAUAUCACGAGGAGGGGCACUUGAUGAACUGCAGCUGCUUUGGUCAGGGACGUGGUAGAUGGAAGUGCGAUGCAGUGGAUCAGUGUCAGGAAACCGAAUCCCGAAAAUUCUACCAGAUUGGCGAUUCCUGGGAGAAAGUUGUAAAUGGUGUCAGUUACCAGUGUUACUGCUAUGGAAAGGGAAUUGGUGAAUGGCAUUGCCAACCUUCUUCCUAUCCAGCUGGAACUGGACCUGUCCAGGUAAUAAUCACUGAAAGUGCUAACCAUCCCAACUCACACCCCCCCAUUCAAUGGACCGCUCCUCAGCAGUCACACAUCAAGCAAUACAUCCUGCGCUGGAAACCUAAAAGCAAGCAAGUUGUUUGGAAACAAGCCACCAUUCCAGGACAUCUGAAUUCCUAUACAAUUUCUGGUCUGAAGCCUGGAGUAGUGUAUGAGGGACAGCUUAUAAGUGUCUUGCAAUAUGGACAGAAAGAAGUCACCCGAUUUGACUUCACGACCACCUCCACCACCCUAGGAAGUCCUACUCAGUCUGGGGACACUAUCCCUCUUCCACCACUGGUGGCCACUUCAGAGUCUGUAACAGAGAUCACCUCAAGCAGUUUUGUGGUGUCUUGGGUUUCUGCAUCUGACACAGUCUCUGGAUUCCGUGUGGAAUAUGAGCUCAGCGAGGAGGGAGAGGAAAAACGCUACUUGGAUCUCCCCAACACUGCUUCUUCUGUCAGUAUCCCAGACCUGCUGCCAGGACGCAAAUACAUUGUCAAUGUGUAUGAGAUCAGUGAGGAGGGGGGAAGGAGCUUAAUCUUGUCCACUUCUCAAACAACUGCACCUGACAGCCCUCCUGAAUACAAUAUUGAACAUGUUGAUGAUACAUCUAUUAUGGUUAGCUGGACCAAACCUCAAGCUCCUAUUACUGGCUACAGAAUUGUCUAUGCUCCAACUGUGGAAGGAGCCAGCACAGAACUUCUCCUCCCAGAAACUGCCACUUCAGUAACCCUCACUGGCCUUUAUCCAGGUGUUGAAUACAACAUAACAAUCUAUGCAGUAGAGGACAGUCAGGAGAGUACGCCAGUUGUCAUCCAGAAGGAAACCACUGGAACCCCACAACAAGUGAUUGUCCCAUCACCCACUGAUCUGCAACUGCUUGAUGCAAACUGACAUGAAGAUAACAAUUUCAUGGAGCGCUCCAGCAAGCGAAGUGUCUGGGUACCGUGUUUGUUGUGACACCAGUUAGACCAUCAGGCCAUGACACUCAAAACUUGCCAGUGAGCCGAAGCACCUUUGCAGAGGUUGUUAACUUGCGCCCUGGUACCACCUACAGAUUUCAAGUCUAUGCAGUCAGCCGCGGACAAGAGAGCCAACCUCUUUUAGGAGAUUUCUCAACCAAGUUAGACUCUCCAUCUGAUUUGAAGUUCGAAGACUUGACUGAAUCUUCAGUCCUUAUUGUAUGGACACCUUCGCGAGCCAAGAUUGAUCGCUAUGUUCUUUCACUGAGUCAGACCCGUGGUGGACAGCCUAACCAGUUCGAUAUACCCUCCACUACAACAAGCUAUAAACUGAGGAGUCUGCAGCCUGGAGCAGAAUAUACAGUUUCUCUGGUUGCACUGAAAGGAAAUCAGCAGAGUCAGCCCUCUACAGGAAUCUUCUCAACAUUGGAGCCAGUUGGGUCUAUUCCUCCAUUUAACACAGAAGUUACUGAGACCACCAUAAUUAUUACAUGGACCCCCUGUGCCAAGAAUCGGAUUUAAGUUGGAUGUGCGUCCCAGCCAAGGUGGUGAAGCACCAAGAGAAGUGAUCUCCGAGUCUGGAAGUAUUGUGAUCUCUGGCCUCACACCAGGCGUUGAGUAUACCUACAGUAUCUCUGUUCUCAAGGACGGUGAAGAGAGCGAAUCCCCCAUCACCAAGACUGUUGUGACUCCAAUUUCACCACCAACCAACCUUCGCUUCCUGCCAAGCCCAGAUUCUGUCACUCUGACCAUCUAUUGGGAUAGAAGUACCUCCCCAGGAAUUACUGGGUACAGGAUAACCUCCUCUCCCACAGAAAGGCAGCUUGCCUAUACAACAGAAGAUGAUGUUGAUGCAAGCCAGACCUCUUUUACUUUUGAGAGCCUUAGACCUGGUGUGGAAUAUAAUAUCAGUGUUUAUGCAGUCAAGGGAGAAGAGGAAAGUGUCCCCCUCUCCAAAAUAACCUCUCAAGAGAUCCCCCAGCUCACUGACCUAAAGUUUGUCGAUGUAACCGAUACAAGUAUUGACCUGAGAUGGACACCCCUUAAUUCCUCCACCAUUAUCGGCUACCGAAUCACGGUGGUUGCUGCAGGAGAGUCUGUUCCUGUCUACGAGGAGUCUGUGCACCCUUCACAGGGGUAUUACAAGGUCUCAGGACUGGAGCCCGGCAUUGAUUAUGAGAUCAGCGUGAUAACCCUCAUUAACGGUGGAGAGAGCGCCCCGACCACAAUCAUACAACAAACGGCUGUUCCACCCCCAACACACUUGCGCUUCACCAAUACUGGUCCUGACACAAUGCGUGUGACUUGGUCUCCCCCAACUUCCAUUGAGCUGUCCAACUUCCUUGUACGCUAUUUCCCUGUCAAGAGACCUGAAGAUGUUACUGAAUUAUCCAUCUCUCGAACCGAUAACAUGGUUGUGCUAACAAAUCUUCUUCCAUAUACAGAAUAUCGGGUCAAUGUUCAUUCAGUUUAUGAAGAAAGGGAAAGUGCUGAACUUACAGGAGUACAUAGAACAAACCUUGAUUCACCAACUGGUAUUGACUUUUCUGAAAUCACCACAAACUCCUUUACUGUUCACUGGAAUGCCCCCCGUGCUACCAUCACUGGGUAUAAAGUUCGAUACCAGCUGGAGAGUGGUAAUAUGCGUCCCAAAGAAGAGAGAAUUCCUCCGUCACGAAACUCCAUCACUCUUACCAACCUUAUUCCAGGCUCUGAGUAUAUUGUCAGUAUUAUUGCUGUCAAUGGUGCCCAGGAGAGCUUGCCACUUGUAGGCCAACAAGCUACAGUGUCUGAUGUACCAACUGAUCUACAUGCAACGUCUACUUCUCCCAAUACAAUUACAAUUUCUUGGGAUGCACCUUCAGUCAAUGUACGAUACUAUAGAAUUACUUCAUCAGAGAACGGCGAAGUUCCAGCUCAGGAAUUCACAGUGCCUGGCACUUACAACACUGCAACUAUCAGAGACCUAAAACCAGGCAUAAGCUACACUAUUACAGUGUAUGCGGUCACUGGCCGAGGGGACAGUCCUGCUACAAGCAAGCCAAUUACCAUUGUUCAUUCAACAGCUGUUGAGCAACCAACAGAGAUGCAAGUGACUGAUGUCCAAGAUCAAAGCAUCCAUGUUAGAUGGACACCAUCUGCUGGCCAAGUUACUGGUUAUAGAGUUACAAGUGUACCUAAAGGUGGUCAUGGAGAGACAAUUUCCCAAGAUUUGCCAUCAGAUCAAACAGAAGUGACAAUUGUGGGGCUUCAACCAACUGUUGAGUAUGUGGUGAGCGUGUAUUCCUUGGGUGUUAGCGGAGAGAGUGAGCCCCUAAUUGAGACAGCUGUCACAAACAUUGAUCAACCCAAGGGACUGGCAUUUCCAGAAGUGAAUGUUGAUUCAAUUAGACUAUCCUGGGAAAUCCCAGAAGGGCAGGUUACCGGUUACCGAGUGACCUACUCAAGCCCUGAGGAUGGACUCAGAGAGUUGUUUCCAGCUCCGGAAGGAGAUGACGACACUGCUGAAUUGCACGGUCUCAGGCCGGGCACAGAGUACACUGUAAGCAUCGUGGCAAUGCACGAUGACAUGGAAAGCAAGCCCGUGAUUGGAACCCAGCGUACAGCCAUUCCUGCCCCAACAAAUCUUCAGUUCUCCCAAGUGACUCCAGCAAGCCUUACAAUCAGCUGGCAUGCACCUAAUGUCCAGCUUACUGGUUACCGGGUACGUGUGAACCCCAAAGAGAAAACUGAACCAGUGAAAGAGUUUGACACACCACCUGGUACAACUGUCACUACUGUUACGGGUCUGAUGGUUGCCACCAAGUAUGAAGUUAGUAUAUAUGCUGUUAAGGAUGGCCUGAUGAGUCCACCACUGCAAGGCAUCAUCUCUACACUGGAGAAUGUUAGCCCCCCUCGCCGUGCACGUGUCACAGAUGUUACAGAAACAACCGUAACAAUUACCUGGCGCACAAAGACUGAGACCAUCACUGGCUUCCUAAUUGAGGCUCUUCCUGUUGGUGGCCAGACUCCCAUUCAGAGAGUGAUCAAACCAGAUGUGAGAACCUUCACUGUCACAGGUCUUCAGCCUGGAACAGACUACAAGAUCUCUCUGUACACUUUAAAUGACAAUGCCCGCAGCUCCCCUGUCACACUGGAUGUGCCAACAGCUGUUGAUAGUCCAUCCAACUUGCGAUUCCUGACCAGCACACCCAACUCCCUGCUCUUCUCAUGGCAGCCUCCUCGCUCUCGUAUCACAGGAUACAUCAUUAAGUAUGACCGGGUAGGAGGAGUACCCAAGGAACAUCUGCCCCGCCUUCCAGCAGGGACCACUGAGGCCACCAUAACCAACCUAGAGCCUGGUGUAGAAUACACUAUUCAUGUCAUUGCUGUGAGAAAUAACCAGAAGAGUGAGCCUUUGAUUGGUCGCAAGAAGACAGGCUCUGUUGGACAACCUAACACUGGUCAUGAAGGACAGUUUGUUGAAGAAUACUUUAGAAGUCCCGUUUUGCCCACCACUGCUCUACCUGUGAGACCUGGGCAAUUCACCCCUGGUCAUGUUGUUACAGUGGAUGCAAACAUUCAUGAGCCCAGCUACCAUGAGCCUAAAGGAGAUUUUGAAGAGCUUUACCCCCACGGCUUUGGGCCACAACUCAAUGACACUGCCGUACAGGAAGUGGCAUCUCAAACUACCAUAUCAUGGAGACCCCUUUUGGAGACCACCGAAUACAUCAUCUCAUGCCAUCCUGUGGGUCACAGGGAAGCCCCUCUUGAGUUUAGGGUCCCUGGCACCUCUACUAGUGCUACUCUUAAUGGUCUCACCCAUGGAGCCUCAUAUAAUAUCAUUGUGGAGGCCCUGAAAGGAGUUGAUAGACACAAGAUCCUGGAGGAGCUGGUGACAGUCAGCAAUGCUAUUGUUCCUGAUGGGGGUCUACAACCAGCUGAGGACACCUGUUAUGACACUUUCACUGGAUCACAUUACACAGUUGGACAGGAGUGGGAGCGUAUGUCAGAAUCUGGAUUUAAACUUUGGUGCAAAUGUUUAGGAUACGGUAGUGGACACUUCCGAUGUGACUCGUCAAAAUGGUGCCAUGACAAUGGAGUUAACCAUAGAAUUGGUGUGAAGUGGGAUCGCCAGGGAGAGAAUGGACAGAUGAUGAGCUGCACUUGUCUUGGAAAUGGAAAGGGAGAGUUCAAGUGUGAACCACAUGAGGCUACAUGCUAUGAUGAAGGCAAACUGUACAAUGUUGGGGAACAAUGGCAGAAAGAGUACCUGGGAGCCAUCUGUUCAUGCACAUGCUAUGGAGGACAGCAGGGUUGGCGCUGUGAUAAUUGCCGAAGGCCAGGAUCUGCUGUUACUCCAGAUGCCACCGGACACACAGUCUCCCAGUACACACAGAGAUAUCAUACAAAUUACAAUGUGAAAUGUCCAAUUGAGUGCUUCCUUCCUUUGGGCCUUCAAGCAGAUUCACAUCAUACUGAACAGACCAAGAACUAA